ACAAAAGUAUCUUUGUUUUUGUCAAAUGCGUUGUGGGUGUCUGGCCGUAGCCUCACGAAAAGGCAUCGCUAAAUAUGUUUGGAAGUGUUUUAAUAUUCGCCCAAGGUAACCAGUUGUUUCAGAUCCCCGAGACCAAACGUUUCCUGGACCCAGAAGAGAUGUGACAUAAUGGGUUCAUUUCAAAAUUUCUUGCGUUUAAACUAACAGAUUUCUUUAGAAAAUUGUUUUCUUUAAUUAAAUGUAUUUCUUCAUAUGUGGUUGUGAUGUAGUGCUCACUUCUACAAUUGUAAUCGCCGCAAUGGAUAUGAAAUGUGGCAUAAAAAUCUGCACCAAUAUGUUUGUGAACGUGUGACGAAUCUGGUGAUCGAGACUGAACCUCUGCAGCUGUGAAGCAAACACAAAGCACACAUGCAAAGGGAAACCUCAGUGUAAGAUUUUACUUCCAUUAAAAACUAGAACGGGCACUUGGUAGAGUGUAUACCUUUGCAUAUCACAAGAUUGGGCAUUGAAUUAUGAACAUUUUGGCAUUGGUUGCAUGCCAAUUGGAUAGAAAUUGACCGUGCUAUGGUAAAAAGAAGAUUUUGACCUUUUCAUGACCUUUGACCCGAUCGAUCCCAAAAUCUAAUCAAAUGGUCCCCGGAUAAUAACCAACAUCCCACCAAAUUUCCUGCAAUUCGGUUUAAUACUUUUUGAGUUAUGCGAGUAACACGCAUACAAAUAAAUAAAUACACGGCGAUCAAAACAUAACCUUCCGCAUUUUCGAUGCGAAGGUAAUAAAUUUGGAACACACAACAAUUCUGUGUCUCAAUGGGAUUAGAUCAUUUUGUUCUGUUACUUUGAUCAAAUAUGGGAACAUGUUUAUAGUACUCGGAUGAAUACGAACAGUUAGAGGUGUCCAUCUACAGAGUGAAUACUAAGUGAAGCUAUAGCGCAAGUUCAGUCGGAAGACCACACCCUCGCAAGUCCGCCAUUUAUUCCUCAUACGUCUGCCAAUCAUUUCUCACACAUGCUCACUUAUUGUUCACUCGCCGCCAAUCACGACACCAGCCAACAUGGUUCGCCUAUCACAGGGGCCACAUCCGCAUCAUGGCUGCCUCUUAAAGGGCCGGUUGUAACAGAAGUAUAGAAACGUAUAAACUACUCCCCAAAAUAUUGUUAAAGAACUCUCUUUGCAUUUAAUUAUUAUUUGUUUGAAUGUAGAAAUAUUAAUAAAAAAAGUCUCUAAUAUUAUAACAAUCCAUUUAAUUUGAAACCUUCAAAAUAAAAGCACGAUAUAAUUUUCAUACAUUUCUUUAAGAAUAGGUGAUCGUACGUCUUUCAAGCCGUUGGGGGCCACAUGAAAUGAUGUGGAGGGCCACAUUCGGCCCGCGGGCCUUGUGUUUGACACCUGUGGCCUAUCACCUUGCUGCCGUCUCAUUUAAAUACGACUGUCUUUCUUCAGUUCAUUCAUGUUGCUGUUACGCACCCCUCCACGUCCCCAUCUCCACCCAGUCUUCAUCAGAUUCAUCAACUCAUCAUUCUAUGAGCUCAUCAGCACCACCAGGUCUGGACUCAACGGGGAGGGGGGGGACAUUAUCCUUUCUUCAUCUCACUGGUCUCUCCUGACUGAACUGUAUUGUAGUGAGGCCAAACUGUCUUGUUUUCAAGCUGCCUGGGUAAAUUUCUCCUCAACUCUUCUCUGAUGUCCUCUUGCUUUGGAAAUACAACCCCGUGAAUAGGACUUCCCCCGUGUGGACCGCUCACAGUGUGAGCCGGGAACGCCGGAGCCCCACAACUCAUCGAAGAAUGCCUGAACCUUUUGAGAGAGAGAGGAGGGAGUGACGGAGGGAGAAGCAGCAGCUCCUCCCACAGAGAGCAGACACCAUUCCUCCUGCGUUAGUUCACUCCCACUGCUCCCAUGAGAGGUGAAGUCACUCUCAGACAGACGCACAACAGAUAGCCACAGGUUGCACUGACACUGCAGCACAACACCUGUGUGACCGCACACCCGCUCCACCUGUGAAUCAUCAGCGCGGUGCCGACAUUCAUUCCACCCCCUCUGCUUCUGUCUGCUCGUCCAUCUUUGGCCAGUUCCAUUCCAGGACAAUUUUUUGGGACUUUCUGAAUCUGAGAGUGCAGCCUCUUCAGGAAAAAUGAACUUCGAUGACAUUCUCCGUCUCAUCGGAGGCUUCGGGAAGUUCCAGAAGAUGCUGUUUGUCUGGAUCUGUCUGCCUCAGAUCUUUCUGGCGUUCCACAUGUUGGUCUCCGUUUUCACUGGGGCCGUUCUCCCGCAUCUGUGCCGCCCCUCGUGGCCCUCGGCGGGAACUCCGGUCUCUUCGAAAUUCAACUUCAGCCACCUGGCCGACCCCGAUGGCCGGCAUGAGCUGUCCUGCGCGGCUCCCUUGUACCACAGCAGUGAUGUAGAUCUUGGCGAUGGACCCUGGGAGUACAGCACAGAGACCUUCCAAAGCAACACAGUAACUGAGUGGGACCUGGUUUGUGAUGAUGCAAGCCUGAACAACAUCGGCUCCUCCACAUGCAUGUUUGGUCUUCUCGUAGGAGCUGUUGUGUUUGGGAGCUUAGCAGAUAGGUACGGUCGCAGGAUCAUCAUUCUCGUCAACCUGGCUGUCCAGGCUGUCUUUGGGGUCGGGGCGGCUUUCGCCCCUAAUUUCUACGUCUACAUUGCCCUUCGCUUUGUGAUUGGAACAUCCAUCUCUGGGGUCAUCAUGAAUGCCUUUGUCCUCGGCACAGAAUGGACGGGAUCUAAGCAGCAGAUGUUGGCAGGUAUAAUCACUGACUACUUCUUCGGCUUUGGCUAUAUUCUUCUGGCUGGAGUGGCGUACCUCAUAAGAGACUGGCGUAAACUCCAGCUGGCUAUCUCAGCACCCGGUUUCCUCUUCAUCUUUUACAUCUGGGUGUUGCCAAAAUCAGCUCGCUGGUUAAUGGCCAAUGACAGAAAAGAGGAAGCAUUGGAACUGAUCCAGAAAGCAGCGCAGAUGAAUGGAAGGCCCCUCAGCAAAGAUAUGGCGAUGUGGCAGGUCCGUAACGUUGGAGAGAAAAUCGGACUGAAGAAAAAAUACUCCUUCCAAGACCUUGUUCGAACCCCCAAAAUGAGGACGCAUUCUUUGAUUGUUUUUUAUCUCUGGUUCGCCAACAUGCUUGUGUACUACGGCCUGUCCCUCAACAUUUCUGACUUUGGAAUUAACCUCUACCUGACCCAGAUGAUCUUUGGCCUGGUGGAGAUGCCGGCGCGCACCAUCACCCUGUUCACCCUGAACCGCUCCCGCAAGAUCUCCCAGCUAGCUUUCCUGGCCGUGGGCGGCACGGCCUGCUUGCUGGCCAUCUUCAUCCCCAGUGAGCUGUCCGUUGUCAAAACAGUGCUGGCCAUGAUCGGGAAGUUUGGCAUCACGGCGUCCCUCUCCAUCAUUUACGUCUACUCAGCCGAGGUGUUCCCCACCGUUAUCAGACAGAACGGGAUCGGCAUGGGCUCCAUGUGUGCUCGGGCCGGAGGGGCACUGGCUCCCAUGAUGUACCUCCUGAAGGGCAUCAGUCCGCAGGCCCCCAUGGUCCUGUGCGGGCUCUGCCCUCUGCUGGGCUCCGCCCUCACCCUGCUGCUACCCGAGACGGCCAAUAAGCCGCUGCCUGACACCAUCGAAGACGUGGAGGGAGCCGAGCUCAGCGAGGAGGGCGACGGCCGUCUUUGAGACCUCUCGGAGGAAAGCGGAUAUCUGGUGUGGACUGAUGAACGACAACAUCCCUGCGAGACAGUCAGUGUUUUUCAAGAUUGUCCCACAAGGCAAUCGUCUACGCUUCCAGUCGGAGUCAAGAUUAGACUUUGUUUUGGGUCUUUGCAAGAUUCUUUGUUCGGAAGUAAAAUAAAUGUUUCACUAUCUUUUAUACAAAGUUGUUUGCGCCAUCUUUGCUUUUGUUCCAGUGUGUCAAAGAUCAUCAAAUUAGAUAUAAUCUAUAUAUGUGAAGAGAAAUGGUCUUCAUGUACUGUUAGUGCUUAAGUAUGCUGCGGCAUUACACACGUGUGAAUCCUCAAAGUUAAAAGGAGCCUUUAUAGCCCAAUAAAGCACUAAUUUAAAGAGACGGCACCUGCUUUGCUGCAGUAACUUCUAGUCUCUCUCCGGACUACGUGUACGUCUCUGAAAAUGUUUUACUUGAAUGCCGUAUUUCUUUCAUGUAACAUUUUUUAAUGUUUUGGGGGUCUCUCCUCUGCCUUUUAGCUUUCAGUUUUCAACGGAUGUAAACUAGCUGCAGA